AUGGCCCAAUCGCAGACCGUCGGGCUCGACACCCUCGCCGAGGGCUCGCAGUAUGUCCUCGAACAAUUACAACUGUCGCGCGAAGCCGCCGGCACCGCGGUCAGCGACGAUGCGCCCUCGGACUCCUUGCGAAGCUCGCUCUCCAAACCAAAAGACCAAGCUUUCUACCGCGACGACAACAACCACAACAAUUCAAGCGCCAACUCUCGGUUCCAACCGCCCAUGCAGCGAGAUCCCCUCGUCGAGGCCCGUUCCGCGAUCCGCAAAAACUCGGCCUCGGCCCCCGUCCGGCGAAGAAUCAGCCGUGCCUGCGAUCAAUGUAAUCAGCUCCGAACCAAAUGCGACGGAAAUCACCCGUGUGCCCAUUGCAUCGCAGAGUUUGGGUUGACUUGUGAAUACGCUCGGGAACGUAAGAAACGGGGCAAAGCUUCGAAAAAGGACCUGGCUGCUGCGGCGGCAGUUACGCAGCCUGUCAACGGGCAGACGGCCCCGGAUAACGGCCCGCUGGCCGGGGAACCUAUGUCCCCGGACCGGCGAUCGUCUCAGGAGAUCAAUGGGCGAUAUGAUGCGACUUUCGAGACGGCUCAGCAACACCUGAAUCCCCCGUCACGGCAGAUGCGAAAGUCCACCGCCCCUGGGAUGUCGGCCAUUGAGGAUGCGCAGUCGGCUCCGCCACAUGCUCAGCCGUCCUUAAGGGCCGCCAUCGAUGUGAUGCAUAUGAAUCAUUUCAAUUCGUUGACUGAGUCAAAUCGUGCUCCGAUGCCGGUAGCCGAUCUCCGCUCCCUACCGACCUCGAUUCUGUCGUCGCAUGGGUUGGGCUCGGGCUUCAACGAGAACGUAUUUUCUCUGGUUAACUCGCAGGAACCCAAUGCUUCGGCUCUCAACCAUUUUCGACUUGGGAACUCGACGGAGAACCCUGCGGCUCCGUUCCUGGGCUUAUCGCCUCCGGCCCAGUCCCCGGGUUGGUUGCCUCUUCCAUCCCCGUCUCCGGCGAACUUCCCUUCCUUUAGCCUGCCUCCAUAUUCGAGUACGUUACGAUACCCCGUGCUGCAGCCCGUGUUGCCUCAUAUCGCUUCCAUUAUCCCGCAAUCGCUGGCAUGUGAUCUUCUCGAUGUCUACUUCACUAGUUCCUCCUCCUCACACCUUUCACCGCUGUCCCCUUAUGUGGUGGGGUACAUCUUCCGAAAGCAGUCCUUUCUCCAUCCUACGAAACCACGCGUGUGUAGCCCUGGUCUGCUGGCGAGUAUGCUUUGGGUCGCAGCGCAGACGAGCGAGGCUGCAUUCCUGACCUCUCCGCCGUCCGCUCGUGGGCGGGUUUGUCAAAAACUACUGGAGUUGACUACCGGGCUACUCCGACCUUUGAUUCAUGGUCCUGCAACUGGCGAAACGUCACCCAACUAUGCAGCCAAUAUGGUCAACAACGGGGUCGCUCUCGGGGGCUUUGGCGUUUCGAUGGACCAGUUAGGCGCACAGAGCAGCGCAACGGGGGCCGUAGAUGAUGUGGCCACUUAUGUACAUCUGGCCACGGUAGUUUCAGCCAGUGAAUACAAGGCCGCCAGUAUGCGUUGGUGGACUGCAGCCUGGUCUCUAGCGCGCGAGUUAAAGUUGGGUCGUGAGCUGCCGCCAAACGCUGCCCACCCACGACCGGACGGAGAGCGCGAAGGCGACACCGAAGGGGAUCCUUCGAAACGGCAUUCUACAUCAUUGAUGACUUCUAUGGGACAUGGUCCCGGCAACACGAACUUAAACGUGACGGAAGAGGAGCGGGAAGAGCGCCGACGGCUGUGGUGGCUACUGUAUGCAACCGACCGGCAUUUGGCACUCUGCUACAACCGGCCCCUGACGUUGCUCGAUAAAGAGUGCGGGGGCCUUUUGCAACCGAUGAAUGACGAUCUUUGGCAGGCGGGCGACUUUUCUACCGCUAGUUAUCGCCAGGUUGGCCCUCCCCUGGAGUGCACCGGCCACAGCAUGUUCGGAUACUUCUUACCGCUGAUGACUAUCCUUGGCGGAAUCGUUGACCUUCAUCAUGCUCGGAGCCAUCCACGCUUUGGCCUUGCGUUCCGGAACAGCACUGAGUGGGAGCAUCAGGUCCUGGAAAUCACUCAUCAAUUAGACACCUAUGCUCAAAGCUUGAAGGAGUUUGAGGCGCGAUACACCAAUAGCUUGACCCUGGCAAGUGCGGAGAAUGAGCAAAUUGCGGAGGGCGCUCAUUUGGACCAUGUCAGUCCGUCGGGCCGUUCUAGCAGUACGGUCGGAUCUCGGGUAAAUGAAUCGAUUGUCCACACGAAGAUGGUUGUCGCAUACGGCACCCACAUUAUGCAUGUUCUGCACAUUCUCCUGGCAGGCAAGUGGGAUCCGGUGAACCUGCUGGAGGACCACGAUCUCUGGAUCUCCACCGAAGCUUUCGUGUCCGCGAUGAGCCAUGCCGUUGGUGCCGCCGAAGCGGCAGCCGAGAUUCUGGAAUUCGAUCCUGACCUCAGCUUUAUGCCUUUCUUUUUCGGGAUCUAUCUGCUGCAGGGUAGCUUCUUGCUACUCCUUGCGGCUGAUAAAUUGCAAGGUGACGCCAGUCCGAGCGUUGUCCGGGCUUGCGAGACGAUUGUUCGCGCGCACGAAGCUUGCGUUGUAACCUUGAACACUGAGUACCAGCGAACAUUCCGCAAGGUCAUGCGCUCGGCUCUGGCGCAGGUUCGAGGCCGUAUCCCCGAGGACUUUGGCGAACAGCAACAACGUCGGCGAGAGGUGUUGGCGCUUUAUCGGUGGAGCGGUGAUGGCAGUGGUCUUGCCCUCUGA